AUGGCUGCCGCAGGUAUUUGUUGUGCAUGCAAUCUUAGCCUGGCGAAAGAAGAUGAAAUAGUGUGCAAAGGAUUUUGCCGCUCGUCGUUCCAUCUCAAGUGUGUCAAUCUAAAUUCAGCUACCCGUGAUCUAAUUGCACAGAGCCAUCAGCUGUUUUGGAUGUGUCCUUCCUGCACCCAAAUGAUGGACAACGCCACUUUCCGGCAAGCAAUCGCAUCCACUAAUGCAGUUAUACAAACUAUGUGUGAAGAACAAAAUAAAAAUCUACUCGGCUUGCAGAAGGCGGUUGAUAUAAACACUGCGAGGAUCAACGAAAUUCUGACUCGCCACACAGCUAAGCCGGCUGGCAAAAAUGAAAACACUCCUCACAGCAUCACUCCACACAGAUCUAUGACGCCUUUGUCGAAAAAGAGGAAAGUACCUCCGACCGAAAAUCGAUUUGCUAAAUUGCCAAGGUUACAAUUGAUCGGCAGUAAAACUGUGGAUCCUGAUUUACCAGUGACUAUUGCAGCUCAAUCUCGAAACUCAACGACCGAAAACAAAUUCUGGCUAUACCUUUCUGGAUUCGAUCCCAACUCUACCCAGGAGCAAGUUGCCGAGUUGGUAAAAAGGAACCUUCAAGCAGAAACCGCAGACGUAACGAAAUUAGUUCCUAAAGGUAAAAAUCUUGUCGAACUUUCUUUCGUCUCGUUCAAGGUUGGUCUUGACAUGCAGUUUAGAAACGCCGCACUUGUGAGCUCAUCGUGGCAAAAGGCCCAGUCGAUCAUCACACCUCGCUCACCACCCCACCCGUCCAGCCUGAUUCAAAACGUCCCGUCAGCAUCUACUAUCAGAACGUUCGAGGAUUGA